AAAUCCGGUAGUCAUGGGGUUCCAAAAGUAAAUUUAUUUUAUUUUAUUUUUCUCCUGGUCGAUUAUAAUAAAGUUUUACGAUCUUUUGCGAACGAGCUCCAGCAAAACUCAGAUGCUUUUUUUUAAAGAAGAACAUAUUCUAGGAAUAUUGACAGUUUUGUAAUAAUUCAUCACGUCUACAUUUAACCUUUGUUGCCUUUUUGUCUUUUGUCUGUCAUUCGCAAACAAUAGGUAAGACAAUAUAACUACUACUUCGACCAAUCAGAGCUCCUGACGAGAUUCCGGACAGAUUUUACGUCAUCAGUAUGGAAUUUCUGUCGCUGAGUCGCAAACGUUCCUCCUGGCGAAACGUCCUUAGUGGCGAGGAGCAAGGAGAAACGGCUGUUUUGAAAGGCUACUGCCGUAAACUCAUUUAUGACGUUUUUAAAGCCAUUCAGAACAGCUGCUAACCCAAUAGCAGCUAAAAGUACCCGUUUAGUGACAUUAUUACAUUUGAAAUGGUCAAUGGCAUCUCUGUCCUUGGUCAGCUGUGAACGGUGACCGCUCAGAUGAAACAGGAAUAAUAUGUAGGUUUUAUUCAGAAGGGAGUUAGAACAAAAGAUACUGGACAACAGAACUAGUGGUAAGGCGAAAAAAAGAGCUUACUGAACUGUAAACCGCAAAAUGCAAAAUACGCCCCCUCUCCCACCUCUUUUGACGGCAGUUUCUUGCAACACCUGUUGCAACGGGUUGCUCAGCGUUGUUUCAAAUGUUUUGCUACUGCCAUGUCAAACUCAUUUGAUUGGAUUAAAUUCGACUUAAGCACGUCAGUAAAACGACUUGGUUUCAAACGUCAUGCCAAAGUCAAUUCACAAAUUAUACAUUUUAAAAGUUCCCUAGAUCGUUUUAUUUUUAAAUUUUGUUUUCAACAACAACUAUUUAUUAUUGGAAUGAGUUAAAAUUGACGUUUGAAACCAAGUCGUGCCCAGUCGUGCUAGAGUCCUGCUGAAUUUGAGCCAGCUCAGAACGGCAGAAGCACGAAGUUGAAACAGGUUUUUGGACCCCACAGCUUUGUUUUCAAAGGUGCCAACAGCAAACGUUAAGAACAGAGGUUUACUCCCCAGAAUUCAAAAGACCGUAUCACGACAAAGAAUACAAUUAUGUAUAUCUAAUUUUACUGCUGUGAGACUGCUCUGAAAAGAAGUUGAAGUGGAAAGUUGAAAAAUUACUGAUAUGAUAUCAAGGAUGUGCCAGUUCCAGUUUCGUUUUUCACUGUAUAACACUCAAGGAAAAGCACGGAAUCUACACUGUUUUUUACAGUGCUUUUUUAAUAGAUUAAUUUUUAAGUAUAACUUAGCUAUAUAAUAUUCAGACUUUUAAAAACUUUUUAAUUCCUUUUAUAUUGUAACAUCUGAUAUGUAUUUUUAUCUGAUGAAUAAAGACUCAUUAUUAUUAUUAUUAUUAUACUACUACAUGGGAAAUUUCUGCAAUUUGAUUGGCUUAGAGCAGUGGUAUUUCAGCUUAAUUUGAAAUACCUACGUGUGAAAAUUACAAACCUUUUGCGGGUAGUAGUAAAAAAAAAAACAUGAUUUGUAAGUGAUAUUUGGCAUAAAUACCACUAGUGAUAUUUCAAAAUUGUCUCAAAUUUCACUCGCCUAACGGCUCGUGAAAUUAGGUAUAUCAAUUUUGAAAUAUUACUCGUGGUAUUUAUGCCAAAUAUCACUACAAAUCAUGCUAUUACCUAUACUUAUUAAUGUUUAUUUUCCUGAGCCUACGAUUUGUAUAGGUAAUAGCAUGAUUUGUAGUGAUAUUUGGCAUAAAUACCACGAGUGAUAUUUCGAAAUUGUUAUACGUAAUUUCACGAGCCCGUUAGGCGAGUGAAAUUUGAGACAAUUUUGAAAUAUCACAAUUGGUAUUUAUGCCAAAUAUCACGUACAAAUCAUGCUAUUAUUUGUUUAUACUACCACCCACAAAAGGUUUGUAAUUUUCACAUGUGACUAUUUCAAAUUAAGCUGAAAUACCACUGCUCUAAGCCAAUCAAAUUGCAGAAAUUUCUGUUGUAGUAGUAUAAAAAUAGGAAUUUGCACAGGUCUAAGGUGUGUAAAAAUAUAUACACCUCAUCUAUUAAUUUAAUGUGUGAUUUUUAUUUCAGAAAGUUCUGUAAUAUUCACGAUAUUAAAUUUUUAAAGUGGCAGUUAGUUCUUCUACCAUCUAGUUCUUCUAAAUCUAGUGACUGUUCUGUUUUAGCGGCUUGCCUCAGAAAAUGUUAAACCUGAAUUUCCCCGAUUGUCGUGUGCCCAUGCAUCCAUUAAGCCCACCUAUGAUGUAGUGGUUGUUGGAUCAGGAUAUGGAGGGUCUAUUGCAGCCAGCCGUUGUGCAAGAGCUGGUCAAACUGUAUGUGUGUUGGAGCGAGGGAAGGAGUGGCUACCUGGUGAGUUUCCAGAGUCAUUCCUUGCUGCCUUAAAGGAAAUUCAGAUUCAUCGUGGCGGGGAAAACACAAAAGGUAAUGCUUACAAGUCAUGAAUAUAUAUAUAUAUAUUUGCGUCAUUAAGCAGUGGAGUAAAUUUUAAUGUAGUUAAAUGAAAUUUAACACAGUUAACAACUAGGAGUGCAGGUGUCGAUCAGUGGUCAGCGCGGUGGGUCAAGCGCGGUCAGCCUUGCUUGCAUCAUCUUCAUGUGCUUAGUAUAACGUUUCCUGACGGCCACUCUCUUCGUUUAGCCUUUGGAUCAUUCUUUUACCCCCAUCCCACCCACUGAAUAAAUCAGUGUGACAGGUGCCUCAGUGGUUCCGUUGGUGUGGGGGCUCAUAGCUGGAGGGCGCGUGUUUACCAGCCAUGAGGAUGUAACUCUGUCUAGGGGCUGGCUUGUUUGCGAAAAGUGGAACCCCCUGGACAUCUCAGGCACCCACCUCCACUAAGCGACGCAGUUGUUAAUUAAUUAAUGGUCCGGCUGAAAAGAAACGCAACAACUAGAGAGUGCCCUGGAGAACGAGUUUGCUCUCAGCAGGCUUGCGGUUAACGUGUUGGAAUGCACAAAGGUGCUAACUUUACUGUUGUCUAUACUUCUGAUUGAUUAAAAAAGCUAAAAUUUUACAAAACUUGGCAAAGCAGCAUUUAUACUUAUCCUUAGUUUUCCAACCAACUUCCUUAUUACAAAAUCUGGUCUACGGCUAAACAACACAGAAAUCUAUGUGACGAACAUGUGAAAAUUGAAAACUUUCCUUGGCUAUUGUUUGCAACCGUUAGGAUUGGUUGAAACCUUUUAAUACAAAGAAACACCCUUUCAAAAUGAAGUUAAAAUACAAUUUAAUUUUGUAAACUUCCUUUAUUUAGGUACAAAUAAUUGACAUUUUGUAUAAAGAAUGAAAUAUAUAAUCAUAACCCUGCAACUAUGAAUUGACUUUGCAGGGGAACCAUCUAGUCUAUAUGAGUUUUAUGUCUCUGACGACUUAAGCGUUGUCCAGGGGUGUGGUCUUGGAGGAGGCUCCCUCAUAAAUGCCAAUGUUGGCCUUGAUGCUGAUAAAAAAGUGUAUAGGGACCAGUCAUGGCCAUCAGAACUCAAGGAAGACCUUGAAAACCUAAUGAAAAUUGACCGAAAGCAUGUGGUGGAUAUGUUGAAACCCACCACUUAUCCAGAUCAUUACCCUAAACUGGACAAAAUGAAGCGGAUGGAAGAUGGCUUUGGUGCAUGCGAUAUUGAGGACAUUAAAAAGGCCUAUUACAAAGCUCCUCUUUAUGUAACAUUUGAGGACAAACCAUCCAAUCAUGUUGGAGUUCCACAGCCAAAGUGUACUGGCUGUGGAAACUGCUGCGGUGGUUGUAAUGUUGGUGCAAAGAAUACUCUGACCAUGAACUACUUGCCUGAUGCCAAGGCUCACGGGGCAGAGAUAUUCACAGAGGUACAGUAGGAGCUGAGUUGUCACUAGGACGAUUAUUAGGCUCAGUUCAAACAUUGAACUUCUCAUGUACAGCUGUGCCUAACCUAAUCACCUUAAUUAAGUACAUGAAAAGAUCAACAUUUGGAUCAUUUUUAAAUAUGUCGGAUUUAAAAAUCCGACAUAUUUAGUUUGGGUCGACCCAUGAAUUAAGUUCCAGUGGGCCACAUGGGAAUUUUGACUGUUGAGCGACUUCAUUUCAAACAUCGAACUUUUCAUGUGCCGAGUCAAAUACAUAAAUUACUUUAAUUUAUUUUGACUGGUGAGCUUUGUAGACCAUUGUACAUCGUGAAAAUGAAUGUAGGCCGACGUGAAGUCCAACGUCCAGUCUGGCCGGGCCGAUGUUCAGUUCGUUGUCUGAAUCAACUUCCGCCAUCAAACUUACAUCAUUUGGGUCGACCCAAAUAGGUAUUAAGUUCGGUACAUGAAAAGUUCAACUACUGAAAUGGUCCUUAUUUACUUAAACAUGAGUUGCUGCAGUCGUCGCACUUGGGCCUUAAAAGUGAGGAUCUAUAAUAUUAACAGUAUGUAUAUGGUUCACAGAAACAAGACCACUAAGAUGUUUAUAAUAUGACUAAUUCUGUAAAUUAAUGAGGCACCUGAUAGUGAAUUUACAGGCCUGUAGAGCUUAAUGAUUUUUUUUAUCAGUUGUAGUAAAGAAGAAGCAAAUGAAAACAGAACGUGUCAUUGUAAGGGUUACUAGUAAUUUACAAGUUGAAAAGCUACAUAUAGACCACUUUUUGACGACUUUUUUGUCAACAGGAACACACUUAAAGUAGCGUAGCAGAACUGAUGGAAAAAGAAAGAUCCUUUGCAUUAAACUUAGGAAAUGACUCAGCCAUUAUGAUUUAGAAAUAGUUCUUACUAAAUGCAUUGUCAGGUCCGUGUGAGCUCCCAGAAUUUGCACUAGAAUAAAGUGUACCUGCAGUAAACUUUUACUAAAACAAUCGUGGGGUCACUCUCAGUUCUAGCAGCUUUGAAAGAUGUCAGCUUACCUUGUCAACUCUCUGUCGAUACAAUCUUUAGCCCUAUUGCCUGGGCUAUAGUUAAUAUUGCUAAUCCCUUGGCAUAAUGAAUUUUUUAUUACGCUGAUAGCCACUCUUUUAAAGGUGGAAGUCAUGUCAGUAACCAAGGCACCUGGGACUACUGAGUGGAUGGUAAAAUACAAGCGACUAGUCAGAGGCAGUUUCACUGUUAAAGAAGAAGCCAUACGAGCUACUCAUGUCAUCAUUGGUGCAGGAGCACUUGGCUCUACCAAACUGUUGCUUCGAUCUAGAGAGCAGGGGCUUAAUGUAUCUAACCAAAUAGGAAAGAACUUUUCCACAAAUGGAGAUGUCUUGGGUUUCAGCUUCAAUGGCGCAGAAAAUGCCAACUCUGUUGGGCUAACAACUCAACACAUGGCAAGAAAUAAAAAACCUCCAGGCCCUUGUAUAACGUCUGUUAUGGAUUUCAGAAAAACUGAUGGAAACCACAAGAAGGGCUUCGUAGUUGAAGAUGGAACGCCUCCAUCGGUGAUUUCUGGUAUGUACUCUGUUGGUUUGUCGGUUGCUGCAAAACUGAUCGGAAUUCAGACAUACUCCUCAGCUGAAUUACUGGAAAGGGCAUGGCAGGUAGGAAUGUGACAAAAAAUAAAGAAAUUUCUGAGAGCUGAAUGAUGGAGGGCUAGCUAGCAUUCCCAUUCUGCUCUUUGAAUCUCUUUAUGGUGGCUUUAAAUUUACUUUUAUUGUCAACCCAGUUAAUAAUAAUUAUUAGUGGGCUGCCUGUGGGGCAAGCGCAGUUAUAAUUUCGGUUUUCGGUCGUCUACGAAGAAAAACGUACACCCGGAGGGGAAGACACGAGGGUCUGGUACUGAGAAACGAUGAUCUUACAAGUGGUUUCCUACGAUUUUCCCUUGCACGAAAAAUCCUCGUUUUGUACCUCGCGUCCGCCCCCCAGAAACCCAGAAGGCGUUGCGAAUCAAGAAGACUAUUGUUGUUGACGUUGUUCGAAACGAUUCGAUCAUAGGAGUUUUGUCAUUGUUCGAGUUUAAGUCAAUUGGUGAUGUUGGCGCUGGGAAACCAAAUCAGAGAAAUGCUCACGUUGCAUACGAACCCACACGAUGUUCACGGUAGGUUAACACCAAAAAAUGACUGUGAGCGUCAGUUUUGGAACGGGCCUUUUCGUGAACUCAAAGAGAGAAUUAACGAUCGAUUUAAUACAUGAGCAAUUAACAACCAAAAUUUACGACCAAAGUAUUAUACCAACUGAUGACACACUAGCUGAGGACUUGCUUGUAAGCCGUUGUACUGAAGCGAACAACUCAGUCGAUGUUUGUUAGAUGAAUCCUGAUGUUAAGAAAUGGACGUCCAUGAGCGAGGGAAGUGACAACUUUGCCGUGUUAGAAGACUGGCUUUUCAUUUUAAUAUUUUCUUCUAUUUAAUGCAACACACGCCACUUUGGAGGUCUAAAUUUCGUAUAAGGAUAAAGAAGACACGGACAAAAAUAGGAACUUUGAGAAUUUCGCACACAAGUUCAAAACUUCACCAGGACAUCAGAUCCGGGAGCUUCGAUCACAAAGACCAACUUGAGGAAAAUAUGAGCUAUUACCGACAAGGUUUGGUCACUGAGUAGAUAGAGCAUACAAGUGUAGCCCAGAGGUUUCAGAGGUUUUGCUCUUGUUUGUAUCUGUAUCUUGCUAAGCUUUUAUCUUUAAAUUUGUACAUGAUCUUAUUAUCAUUUGUUAUGCUUCUCCUCAAUUCAGUUUGUGUUUUCGCCCAUUCAGCAAGCACGAUAUAUUGAUGUCAGCAUUAGCGAGUUUCAAAAAACCUUUCAAAAUUUACAGCCCGCGUGAUGUUUCUCGCUAUGUGUACCAUUUUUUUUAUGGAGAUGUGAACUUAAGCCACUGCAAAAUGGGAACUUAAAAAAGCCAAAAAUCGAUUUAUCUCGAAACAUAAUACACAUGACUUACACGACCUUUAUUUUCCUAAAGGUGUUUUGAAUACGAAUGAACACUGUUAAUGUGAGGGGCAAAAACAGUAUUAAUGUGAAUGACCCAUAGGGUUUUUAUUAAUAUAAGGGUCAAUUAUUGUGCAUUGAGAUGUAUCGCUUGAAAAGAGAGAGUUCGUGCACAUGUGAUCAGCAGUAGACGAGGGCAUAUAGGACUGUGAAUAGUGUUUCGAUAUUGUUUAGCUGGUACAAAAACUUCGGGAGGAGUUAUAAAGCCGCAUAAUUUUCUACCAUGAAGAAAAGUUAGUCACGGGUGAGACAAACAGCGAACUCGAGCGAAUUUUUAACUCAUAUUAAUAUGAUAUUAGUAUCACGGUAAAAAAUAUGUUAUCGAUCGUUUCAUCUGUUUGCAUUGUUUAAAGUGCGUGCCGAUAAGCAACAUAGAUCACAAAAUGCAAAGGAUUUUAUUCUUUUAAGUUAGAGAAAAAUACCAAGAGAAAAAUCUUAAAACUGAAUAUCUUUUAUCUUGUGGGAAAAAUAAUGCGUUUAACAUGAAAACGGUUACCACAUGUCGACUGUAGACAGCAAAUUAGGAUCUUGUCAGUGUACAAAUGCAAAUGUAAUCAAUGAGGCCCGUAGAUCGGGAUCAAUGGGCAGUUGGCUGUCGAGUUUGUUUUAGUAAACUCCUCGUUCUCAUACGAUACAAUAUUUCUGUCUAGUAUAACUGAGCAGAAGCAGCCCAGUGAAAAGUGAGUGAAUCCGCCUUUUGGCGAGUCUAGCUAAAACUAAAUUAAUCUUGUAUAGGCCUUAGCACUGUAAAUGUGUGUCUAGUGGUUACGUUUGUGAAAGUUUAAGCUCAAUAAGGUGGAUAAUUGCCAGUAUACUAGAGUUUCCUUCAAUAAUAUUGAGGAUUUGAAACCAAUAUGUUAGAGAAAUUAAGAGAAACCUUUUUUAACAUUUUCAGGAUCUAAAGGGUAAAGGAAUCGACAAAAGUCUUUCUUUCUUGUGCAUGAGCCAUGAUGAUGCAAGUGGUAUCAUCACUUACAAUAACACCAACGACGAUGUUGACAUCACCUGGAAGAGAGUUGGUUAUCAGGAAAACUUUGUGACCUGCAAUCAGGCAAUGAAAAAAGUCACUAAAGGUCUCAGCGGGACAUUUGUGCAAAAUCCCAUGUGGACUCCUGCUCUUGGUAAGAAUGUGAUCUCAGCACAUCCUCUAGGUGGCUGCCCCAUGGGAGAAUCUGGACAAACUGCUGUGGUAAACCAUGCUGGACAAGUCUUUGAUGGUAAUUGAGCAAAAUAUAACAUUUAAACACGUAACAAAUGGUAAACGGGUCAGCGUGUACUAUUGAGAUGCAGUCAAACCUCCCGUAAGUGAACAACCAAAAUACAAAGACUUAGUAGUCGCUAACGGGAGGUGAUCGUUUACAAGAAUCGAGCCACAGGGGGCCUCCGGGCACAUCAACUUUCUGGAAGAUAAUUUGUUGCCUGCAAUACUCCAAUUCCAGAAAAAAACCGGAAGUUGCAUGGAAGUGAGGCUUAAUAGUCCUCGCGGUAAAUUUAAAAUAACUAACAUGACGGACGAUCAAGUCGAUCUUACUCCAGAGAACAUUCCCGGUGCUCGCUUUAUUGAAGAAGAGAGAGAAAUUGAGACUGUUGCUCAACUAAAGUUUUGGUUAAAACGCCGCCGUAUAAAUCAAAAUGGUAAUAGCGAAGGAAUUGUUUAAAGGUAGGUAGGUAGGAAAGGUAGAUGUACAUCAUCGUGGUGAUCUACAAUGAGCACAUUCCCCAUGACAUUCCUUUCCUGUAAGGAAUGACCGUUCACACGCAAAGCGAGAAUCGCAAUAAGAUAAAAGGAGACAUUGGCCGUCACAUUUUGAACGAUUUAAACUUCAACAUAAAAAGAGAAGAAAAUUUGAAAGCAAACCAUCCUACCAUCUUUUGAAAAUGGUACUGAUAAAAAGUACCAAUGAUAGCUGAGAGCCUUCUUUUUUCAAUGGAUGUACACACACUCUAGCCACAAACACAGAGAUCUGAAAUCACUUUUUGGAAGGGAAAAAACAUCAAAAGGUUUCAACUUCAACAAACAGUGAAAAACCCCAAAAAGUACUCAUCCUAGAAUCUUUUGAAGGAGGCGAUGAAAAAGCGCAGUAUGCUAGCUUCAAACACAUCUUCAUUUAAUGGCUGCGUUUGCUUAACAUGGGUAAGUAUUUCAUGUCAAACCAUCAUAUUAAUAAUCAUUGUAUUAAUAAUCUCGCUGCUGAGUCCUGAAAAGUGCCGCUUUCAGUUGGAAUGGCCAAAUUUGGUGCUUGAAGAGAUCUCAAGUUAUAGGCACUGACAGUAUGGAACUUAAGGCGGAAGAAAACAGGCCAAACAUCAUCGUAGAGGGCUUUAUGAGUGAUUUUCAGUAGUGCCAGGUCUCUGCUUUUAAUAAUUGGAAGCCAUUUUAAUCUCUGCAAGUCCUCUAAAACAGCAUACCACCCAAGUACGUAGCCCGCGCAAGUUGUUUGAACUCUUUGCAGCCGUUUCAUUUGGUAUUCUGGAAGGGGAUAGAAGACGACGCACCCGUAGUCCAGUUUUGACAUCACUGAUGACUCCACUAACUGCUUGCGAACAUGGUAUGGUGCGAGGUUGCGCAGUUUCCGGAGAACCGCCAAUGCUACAUGACAGGAAGAAAGAAGCGCAGUCACGUGGUCAGCCCAUGUUAGAUGUUCGUCCAUGUGGACCCCCAGUAUCUUAGCUGUUGUGACACAUUCUAGUAGCUUCCCAUUACAGCUCAAAGCUGUCCGUAAGGUAGUCCUGCAGCUAUAGCAGUAAGUUGCCUGUAAUCCCAAGCUGUUGAUACAAUUUCGUAGUCAGGGGUGAGUGCGAAACGCUAUCAAAUGCCUUUUGAAAGUCCACAACUGCUGCUCCAACAACACGGUUAAUAUCGAGAGCACGCCUCCAGGUCUCCGUUAGAUAUAUUACUAAUAGUUCAGUGGAGUAACCUUUACGAAAUGCCCACUAGUGAGCAGUAACAAGGCACUCAUUUUCCCUGAAUACGUGCGAUACGACAAUGUCAGAAACGCCCGACUCCAGGAUCUUACUGGCUAUACUCAGGAGAGAGACAGGCCGAUAGUUACCUUUCUCUAGCCCAUCAGCUCUCUUGAAGAUUGGGCUGAGGCGUGCUAGUUUCCAUCGAUUAAAACCUCUGCACUCUCUUAAGCUACGGGUGUACAGGCCAUGAAGAGGUGAUACAAUUAUUGUUGCGAUGGUUUCAAAUCAUAAACGUUGGCAAGUUUCUCUGUGGAAAAGCUGGAGAUCUUGCAGCCUGAUUUACACAUAUGGCCAAGGGCAUCCCGUCCGAACCGAGUAGCGCUCAUGCAGCGCUGCAUGACCUCACUGCUGCCGUUUCGUUUGCACAGUGCUUACGCGUUCGUUCUGCAACGUUCAUGGAUCCAUCGAGCAUGCAUCGGAAGCCCAAAAUUGUGGGCUGCAUGAUGCUUGUAGUCUUCAAAUAUGCUAAAACAAUGUUAAAGCAAAAUUGUUCCUCCUUAAAUGCUGCCGUUUUAUCUCUCGCUAGCACCCAUUAUUGCAAAACUAUGUUGUACCGUAAAAGCCGUGCAGGAAGGUUGCAGAUUACGUACAAUUUAAGAAAUGGUAAACGUGUAGCGUGUAACCAUGGAGUUACGGAUGCACGCGGGAGGUUGGUAAGCACGAAAGAGGCGUAGGCGACAGCCGAGUGCGACUCUAGCUUCUUGAGUGCUUAGCAAACCUUCCAAGUGCAUCCAUAACUCCAUGGUUGCACAGCUGCAACGUUUACCAUUUCUUUUAUAACGUAAUCAAAAGAGAAAAACAUUAUUUUCCAUUUGCCUUCGGUUGAGUCAUCGGUCCGAGUUUAUGUAUGCUGCCAUCUGCCCGCCCCUUUUGAGUUUUUCUUUUGCUGAAUCAACCGUUCUCCGGCUUCAGGUAAAUUGCAAAACGUUUUUGUUGUUAUUCUGAAUGGCAUCUGUCUACUUGCUCUUAAUAUUAGGGUAAACACUUUGAGGGAAACCUAUAGCUGCAACUAUAAACACCAACUAAAAAGACUAAAAAAUAAGCUAAAACUAAAUAAAUGAUAUACCGUAAAUGCUCGAGUUAGCGCCCAGCUUCAAAUAAGCGCCCCGCUUCGAAUUAGUGCCCCUCCUAAGGCUCAAAAUUUGUAAUAAGCGCCCCCACUCCUCCCCCGAGAAAAAAUGAGUUUCGGUACUCGGUACGAUAUACGAGACGUAUACGGUCUAUACGGUUCUUUUAAUGAAAUGUGACAUUGUUAAAUAGUAUAAACAGUAAUGUCCUCUCAAAGUCGAACGGGUUUGCUUCUCAUUUCCUUGAUAGAAAUAUCCAUAUUCAUCCUUGAGGACAGCGACACAGAAAUUGAAGGUGAUUAAGAAUCCAAAUGCUUGUUCUAUUGCAGAAAUAAAAUACACUUUUUGAUGAAAAAGUCUUAAGAACGUUUCGAGUUCGCAAAAAGUAGUUUUCUAUAAGGUUUUUGAAUUUUUAUGUUGCAGUUUGGUUUUAAUUAGAAAUAAAGAUAGUGUCAUUUUGAGGCUAAAAAUUGAUAAACGAAAUAAGCGCCCCCCUCUCGCCUUAGAAAAUUAAAUAAGCGCCCCGGGCGCUAAUUCGAGCAUUUACGGUAAUUAUCAAGCUUAUUUAUGUGACAAUUUUUUAAAUAAACGUAAAAAAGAAAUGAGAAAAUUUGACUGUAAUUCCUUUAGAAUAACAGGUAACACUAGUAAUUUUAAAAAGAAAUUAACUAGCUUUGUAUCGAAAUCUUUCUGGGGAAAUCCAGCUAUGAAAGUCAAAGUUGCAACUGAAAUUUGCCGACACACAGCCGGCGCUGAAGCUGUUUGUUUUCGACCGUUCUCUGAACGACUGUUAUGAAUGAACACUGAGGAACAAAAUAAUACACACAGAAGUUAUUUUUGAAAAACUUAUUUGAAAACCCAAAUGUGUCUGUACUCAAAUGAAAUUCGCUUAUUCCAGCAUUAUGUACUCGUUUAAACUCAACUAAAAAAAUUAAUCGAUGCGAUGAAAACUUCACAACAAAGCUGUCUCGAAUUUGAGCGUGUUUCCUAAGAUAUUUGCUUGAAUUUAGCGUCAGCUUGACCAAAAAGUCAAUAACAUAAUGCUAAUUGAUAAAUUUACAUUUCAAACAGACUUUCUCUUCUAUAAAAAACACACAAAAUGUACCUUAAAUCUUCGCUCGCUCGAUUUUCCUUCAACCGAUUCUAGCCGCGAGGAAAACAGUGAUUAAUUCAUCCGGGGCAAAUUUGUCGCUUGAUCUAUUGUCUUUUUUCCUUCAAAACGACAGCUUAGUAUUUUCUUCAACUUCCACUUUUCAUCUGUGCAUUUCAUUGGUGUAUUUUACCGUCAGCAGAGGAGAUUUGUUGAAUUAUUUUGCCUAAAUUUUACCGCGCUAGCUCAGUUUCUUGCCACCCACGGGCAAAUGGUAGUGGCUAACUGACCAAUCAGAGCGCGCGAUUUACUUUUGUUAUGUUAUAAAUGCUUUUGGCGCUUAUAUUUGUUAAUAGUACGUUCAAUUGACCGUAUUCCAGAAUAACAAUAAAGGAAUAAACUCUUAAAAUUCAGUACUCAUUUUGGCAUUCAUUGCUUUGCAAUAGUUAGAAAUUUGCUUGAAAUAAAAAUAUUCCUAUUUAUGCAGCAAUCAAGUGGCCCAAAUAUCAGUGUACAGGAAAUUUUCAACAAAACUUUUGCGUAUUCGUAUUCUGGAAUACGAUCAAUCAAAUGCACCUCAAGCUUAAAGUAAUGGCUCUGAAUGUUCUUAAAUUCAGGAAAUAUUCAUUGUACCAAUUGUUAUUCAUGAGGUCGGCCUAGCUGAAUUAGCUUUAAGGGAUUCUGAGCGAAUGAGACCACAACACACACACAGACAGAAGUCAGGCCAUUUGCCGAAUGCUGGAACAGUCAUUAAGGAAAUAAAUAUAUUAAGUCUAUAAACCAAUGUAUGGUAAUUAUAUAACUUAUAUCAUUUUAGGUGAUUCUGGUAGUGUGCUUGAAGGACUCUAUGUUGUAGAUGGUGCCAUUCUUCCAGUAGCUGUUGGAGUCAACCCAACUCUUACCAUUUCGUGCCUGGCAGAACGCUGUUUACGACUUCUUGCUAAACGAGAGGGUUGGCACAUAGAUUAUGACACAUUCAAGCCGCUCGGUGAGUUGUGGUUACCGUAGUUGUAAAUAUUUAUUUAUAGCACAGAGCCAUGGGUGAUAAAAUUUGGUUAUCUUUUCAUCCAAGAAAUUUUGGUUUGACAAAAUCGUCCGUACAUACGUCCCCCAUUUUAGCGGAUGUGAAAUGUCACACUGCAUUGUAGCUAUUAGUCCACAGUAAGUACUGGACAUCCAUGCUAUGGUCAAUUGACAGCUGUCGAAAUAGGGUAUAUGCUGACCAGUGUCACAUAACUGUAUCACAGGCUCAGCUGUACAACUCAUUGAGGUGAUUUGUUUUUAAAGCUCUCCGCUGACCAGAUAUUGUUCUCAAUGGAUCGCAGGCUCGGGUCCAUUUUUCAGAUAAGAUUCAGUUUGCUUCCUUGUUUAUGACAAAAGUUGAAUUUCUUCAGAAAGACAUUUCUUUAAAGAUCCUACGAGAACUUUGCUUUUGGCCUUGGCUAAACUGACUCUGGGACUGCCUGCGUAACAUACUUGUUUUAAACAAGCAUGUUGCAUGCGCUUCCUUGCUCCUUUGGUCUUCCGCUUUGCUGUCAACUGGUUUUUGUUAAGUGCUUGUCUAAAAAUGAGAUGGCCCAUAACAAGAGAAAUCAAUUUGCAAAAACUUUUUCUGUUUAUCAGCCUUUCCCCCCUAUACACCAGAGGUGUCCACACUUUUAAUUUGGAAUCUAAAAUUUGAAGUCUCAAAAAUCCAUACUCAAUUCUGGACCAAUCUGAUCCACCCUAUUUCAGACCACAAAGUUUAAAAUUUAUACCCUGAUUCAAGUCAGGAGGGUUAAAAGAUCGUACCAGAAGCAUGCUUUGGUCAUACUCUAUUGUCCUGUACACAUCGUACAUGGCUAAAAGAAGUGAGUUUCCAAUCUUUUUUAACGAAAGCUCAGAGGUACAUUGAUUGCGGAUGCCAUAGUAUAACAAGAGUAUCAUCGUUUGCACUGUAAAAUACCCCGCAACCCCCCCCCUCUCCCACCAUGGACCAUCAGCUUCAAAAUUCCACAGUAAUGACUAAAAACCACUCAAAUCAAGAGGUACACAAGCCAAAAUCAUUCGGUGGGUGGCAAACACUCUGUGAAUGUCUCAGGACUCUAUAUUAAUAUUAUUUUGUUUGCAGAUCAAACUAGCUUUGUCAAACCAAAGCCUGGAAUUCGCUUCACAGAAAAGAUGGAGGGGACAUAUAAAUCAUCGAACAACGAAGGCAAACAAAUGCCUUGCGAAUUUACACUUACCAUUGAGUCGGAUGAUUUGGAACAGAUGCUUAUCUGUGACCCAUCUCACUCCGCUAAAAUAAGUGGAACAGUAACAUGUCUGGAAUUAUCCUCAUCUCCACUAACGGUUUCUGAUGGUAUGUGCACUGCUGUUGUUUUUAUUUACCAAGAGAUAUUUAGGGUUAUCUAGGGUAACACUAAGAAUAAUACCGUAAAAGUUCUGUCAAGUCACUUCUUCGAUUUCAACAGGAUUGAUCUAACUUCAAAGGGACCUAAAUAAACGAAUAUCGCAUUCAAGGGUUUCAGGGCUUUUUGUCUUAAGCAGUGCUUAAUCGGGGGCGGCGCUUAUUCCAGUAAAUACGGUGUGCUCCCUUUCUAAAAUCGAUCCACAAGGGGUCUUUUCCGAGAAGAGGUUCCAAGAAAUUUAAUUUUUUGCAGGAGAAUUUAUUGUAUGCAAUAUCUAAGUAACGAUAUGUGUAGUUCCAUUUGUCACUUAAAGUUCUUAGCGUUGUACAUACAGUGAACAUAGAGAGCGUUCGCCUACAGGAGCCUGAAAACAAUACAAGAUUAUAAAACUGUUCCCUUAGAAGUGAUCACGGCCGCUUACGAGAGGUGUUCAUUUACGAGACUGGUGUACAACCUAUGAGGCUUUCACUGAAAAGGUUUUGGUGUCUUGGAUUGGUGGUCGCUUACGAGAGGUGGUCAUACAUGGAGAGUUUUUUUUGUUUAGAUUACAAUUAUAUCUUUUUAUUAUGUAAGCUUUUGCUACUGAAGCAUUUUCAAUAAUAGUGAAGUAAAGUUUAAAGAACCCUUGUAUAGAAUUGGAUGAAGGGAGUGUCUCUUUAAGAGAGUUAUUUCUUAUCCAGAAUCAUGUCACAAGUGUGGAGCAAAGAUAACAAUUUUCAAGUCAUUGACAGGAUUGGGACCUAUGACCUGUGAAACACUGGGCAGGCGUUCUGUCUGAUUGUUAAGCCACGAGGAGACUCAAGAAAAACAAGGCGAUUAACUGGUGUGUCACUUUCAUUGUUUUUGGUAGGCCAUUUUCAGCUGUUCAGUACCAGUAAAGAGAACGUCGACACUAAGAACAUGGUGUAUAAAAUGACUCUUAAUGGAGAUGAAGGCAGGCAGUUUUCCUUUGAAGGUGUCAAGUAUGUCCACAAGGACCAUUUUGGUGAAACUGGAUUGAAGGAUACCACAACAUUGUUCGUCAAAAUCUUCCGCCUUGGCAAGAAAAAGCCCUUGGGCAACGCAACACUUUACAUAACUGCUGCCAACUUUGCUAAGCAACUUGAGACAAUGGAGAUCAUUAAUACCCACAGCACAUGUGAGGAGCUGUAUUGGAUGGCACGUUUUGGUGCGUUCUUUGCUAAAACCCUCUGGGAUGUGUACAGUCCAGUCUCCUCAUUUGAUAAGUACUUUGACCCUGAUGCUCCACCUAGGAAGAAAAGACUUCUGAGGCUUCGUGGAUGCCUUCCUGAAGUCUUCAACUGCACCACUGAAGACAAGGUGUGUUUUUGUAGGUUUUUAGGGUUGGUCUCUGAAAUUUUCCAAAAAAUGUAAUUCCACGAUCGUUAGUUGGGAAAAUUGCUUAAUUCUUUGCGCAGACGAAAUGAGUCAGGGCCAUGAAAUAAAUUAAGGUCUCUUUUCAGGGUAGGAAAGUGAGCAAUGGGUCUGGGUUUGAAGGCCCCGGUCCAGGCCCCAAUUUUCCUUGCCUUUCCUGACGGGGAGAGGAUAGGCCAUACUACCAGGUUCUACGUCUCCUAAACGGUUCGAAUAUUAAUGGGUUUUUUUAACAAUCCCUUCUAAUUGUUGGGAAGCUUGAAGAAGACAAGGCAAUAGUCACCACUCAGGAAGGCUUUCGUCUGAACGGAGACAAAUCACAGCAAGCAUAUGUUCUUGUUUUUCCUUUUCAAGAUCCUGACUAGUGUUUGCUUGCCCUUAAGUCUUGUGUUCCUUUAUUCAACUACAUAAAAUUGUCAUGUUUUCAGUUUGAAAUAGCAUUGACUCGCUACAAUGGUGGCUCAAAAGGCCCAGUUGUAAUGUUUCACGGAGCUGGAGUAAGUAGUGGAAUGUUUAGCCUUGACACAAUUGACACCAACCUUGUGGAAUAUCUAGUGCAACACAGGUACGAUGUUAGAUUUGCCACUGUAUCCUGUAGUAACCCAUUAGAGACCUUUAGAUUCUAAGACGAGGACGACUACGAGGUCGAGGUUUUCUCAAUACUUAGUAGUGCGCGUUCGUGAGCCAGCGCCAUUUUGGCGAGAAACGUGAUAGCCGUCGUUAUUCUAUUACGCACAGGGGGGGCCUGAGAAUAUCGUAGAGGCGAAAACAAGUUUUCAAAAUGUAAGAAGUUAUUUAAUUUUGCGCUCGGGAGGGGGCUUAAUCUCCUUCAAUAAUAAUAACCCUGCUAACUUUUCGUAUGACCAGAAAUGCAUGCAACAACGAAAAUGGCAAAUCUGGAGAAAGUUCCUUAAAGGUUUGGCGAAAAUUCAAGAAUGUCCAAAGGGGCCGCUUGAAAAGUGACGAGUGACGAAAAUGGCAAAAAUGACAAAGGUUUGGGAAAAUUCAAAGGCGUCCAAAGGGGCCUCUUGAAAAGUAGUGAUUUUGACGAAAAUGGCAAAUUUGGCGAAAAUGACGAAUUCGCCAUUUUGGUCUCAUCGCCAUGUUUACCAUUUUUGUCAAAAUCGCCACUAAUGAAGGGGACCCUUUGGACAUAUCAUAAGAAGUUCAGUCGCAUCUUUGGCGAAUUUCGCCAAAUUCGCCACUUUCCAAAGGGCCCCUUUGCUAUCUUAUUUGGCAUAAGGGUUGACGAAUUUUUGCCAUACUUGCCAUUUUCGCCAAACUCGGCACAUUCGUCAAAAUCGCCACUUUCUAUGGGCCUCUCUGACUUGUCAUUUGAAUUUUGUGGUUUAAACUUUGGUGUUUGUUCGCCAAACUUGCCAUUUUCGCCAAAAUAUCCCCUCUCAAAGGUCAUUUUCAUUUUUGCCAACCCCCUGGCGAAUUUUUUUGCCAGAUUCGCCUAUUUCACCAUUGCUGACAGGUUUUGACUAUUUUCGCCACUCUCCUUGGGGCGUUUUUGGUAUCCAGUUUGAAUAUUUACCAAACCCAGGGCAAAACUUUUGCCACAUUCGCCAUUUUGACCAGAUGUGCCAUUUAUGUCAGGCAGUUUUUCCAUUUUCGUCAACUUCUCUACUAUACAAGGUGCACCUCUUGUAAUCUCAUUUACGUUUUCGCCAGCUCUCAGGCUAUUUCUCGCCAGAUUCGCCAUUUUCGCCAUUGCGUGCUUCUCUGGACAUAAGUGAACUUCUUUGGCUGAGAAAAUUUACAGUGAAACCUGUAUUAAGCUGACAGUAGCCAAAGUCACCAAUUUUCCCCCCUUAUUAAGAUGUUACCUCUCUUCAGCGGACGCGGACCUCUAAAAGGUGGAUGCAAGGGUCAUUUCUAUUGUUACAAACCUGUAUUAAACGGAUACUUGUCAUUAGACUCCACCAUCCAACAUGCAAGGCACCUGGUAUUCAAACUGGAUUUCCACUCACACAUUUGCCCAAUUUACAAAACGUAGUUGACCAAAGUUGUAUUAAUUUGCGAUAACAUUGUCGAAUACUCAAGAAGAAAAGAAACCAGAAAUACAGACGGGUACACGAACUAUUGUAGUUCUUAAAACAACUAGUAACCUGUAAAUCCUUCGUCGGUCAGAUACUCUUUUAACAGUUACAAGAUAAAAUCAGCCACUUUGCGAUGCGUACUCGCAGCCUUCCUUUACCCGUUUCCCAUCAGUUUUACAGUACUGUUUUUCUCAUUUCGUUUUGUUUGUAUAGAGUUUGUUUUACUCAUUUGAUUUCUUAAGGAGCAAUGAAUUUGUCCACUGAACUAUGAAAUACUGCAAACUUAACUCUUUCCAAUCCCACUGUUCAACAUAGCAUGAAACAUGUUGCGAGUUAAACAAAGAGUUUAGUCUUGCCUGUGAAAAUGUGUCUUAAGCUAUCGGACGAACCAAAGUUUUUGGAUGAGAUUCCUUUUUAUUCUCUCUUGUGUGGGGAUACUCUCGCUCAUACCUUUCCUUCCUUAAUUGAAAGCGGUUGGUACUUCAUGUAACCCUUUCUUAUAAGUAGUAUCCUUAAAAGCAGUGUUCACUGACUGAGCACAGUUACAUGGCUUCACUAGGUAUGAUGUUUGGCUUGUUGAUUGGCGCACUUCGUGUAAUCUUCCAUCAAUGGUCCGCAAGGACUACACACUGGACGACUGUGCAGCUUUUGAUUACCCAGCGGCUAUCAAUAAAGUGAUAGAAAUCACUAAGCAGGUACAUAAACCAGAAGUGAUGGUAAAGGUGGUUGCAUGCAACACAGUUUCUUUAGAACUGCUUUAUCUCUUUACUGGGCAUGUUGACAUCUUUAUCAUAAGGCGAUAUGCAGCCAAUGAGCUUUUAAAGAAAAGAAAGUGCGAGGGUGAACUGAGGAAAAUGCCCAAAACUUGGCAGUAUAAAUUUGUUCUGUUUUCGUCAGUUUUGACAAAUUACGUGAUCUCAGGGUGCAAAAGUUUUCGCAUGUGUACUUAAGGAGCAAUUUGAACAAAGGCGUUUUGAAACUCAAAAAAGUUUGAAGCUUAAGUUUUAUUGACUGAAUGGAGCCAAUGCAAAACGUCUGCUGGAUUGAUAUUCUUUUGUUUAAACUAAAAUUAGCCCGACUAUCCUCGCUUGAGAUAAUGUAUUAUUUUCAAUUUUGUACUGAAGAAUGAGUCUAUUCAGGUUAAUCUUAAUUUAAACAAAAGAAUAUUAACCCAGCAGCCAUUUUUGGAUUGGGCCUAUAUGCGCGAUGAUAUAAACGUGAUGAUGAACUUUAAAUACUCCUACUAUGGAAGGUGCUUCCUAAUGAAAUCUGUUUGAUAUCUUCUUCAUAAAUCUACAAGAGGAUUUUGGUUAUGGGUAAAGGAAAUAAAUAAUAACUUCAACACAGAAUUGACUUAAAACAGCAAUAUCCUCAUGGCGUAGCCCCUUAAAGCCUGGUGAACGAAUUGGGACGAUGUUUGUAUAUCUCCCUGCAGAAAGACGUUCAGGUGGUGGCGCACUGUGCCGGAUCUUUGGUGUGUUUUGCUUCUCUCCUGUCUGGAGCGCUUGAGGGAAAGGUCAGGAGUCUGGUGGCGAGUCAAGUGGCUGCAAAUCCCAUUCCCUGCUCGUUCAAUAAGCUGAAAGCUGGGCUUCAUAUUCCAGGAGUAAUGGAGGCUGUCGGAUUAAAGGGAUUGACAGUUGACACAGAUGAUCAUACGUCCUGGGCUGGCUGGCUUUUUGAUAAAUUUGUCAAGAGCGUUGAUAACUUGUUUUUGCCAUAUGAGGAACUUUGUCGUAACCCCGUUUGCCACAGGUAUGGAGCAAAACCUGUAGAAAUGUACUUUCAACCUUAAAAGCCAAUUACCGUUUGAAGUUCCCGUUGUAAUGUUUAAUCUCACUACCAGGCCCUGGUUGUUCAAACUUUUGAUAGCGUAAUCUAACGGAUAAAUCACUAUCCAGCGGGCUGAAGUAUUAGGGAAACCAAUGGUCCUACCGACUCGAUAAAGAUUUAGCCAUUGGAUAGCGUUUUCCGUCUUUCGGACAACUCAGCCCAGAAAGAUAGUAAGGUUUAAGCAUAACGGACGGGAUAAAGGAAAACGAUGUUUAUAUGUUUAGAGAUAUUAUUAAUCAAAGAGAUAUUAUAUAUAUGUGGUGUCACUACAACCAGCUGCUAAAGUAAAAUGCUUGAGACAUCAGUGCCUUAUUUGGGCUUAAUGACCUAUCAAUGAUCUUGUAAUUGUGAUCCCCUCCCCUCCCCUUUAGAAAGUUGCUAACAAUACGAGACCACGCUCAAAACUUGAAGGAACGAGUUGAGACGUGAGUUUUAUUUCUCAUAGAUGUGUGCCUAGCAGCAAUUUUUAAUAAAACAUGAAGCUGGGUUUUUUUACAACUGGUUGUAGCUUUGGGCACGAUGAAUUCGUUUAUCGCAUCUCUUUAAUAAUUGAAAAUACCUUUUCCUCUUGUUUCAUGUGAAAUUGAGCAGAAUAACAUUUACUUAUGGCCUUCUAUGGGAACAUGAAAAUCUCACUCCACUGACGCACGAUACUCUGCACGAGUUCUUUGGCUACAUAACAGCAGAGUGCAGCGCCCAGUUGGCUCUGACGAUGAGAGAAAAAAAGCUGGUUUCAGCUUCAGGAAAAGACAUCUAUUUGCCUGAUGUGGACAAGGAUGAUCGGAUGAAUAGUCCAGAAUACAGGGAGCAUAUUAAUCGACUAGAUAUGCCAAUCUGCUUUAUUGUUGGUAAGAGAAAAAUGUCUCUAAAGGUCAACUAUGAAGAGACUGGCUUUAGUUUUAUCGUCGUAUUUUCAUAAUAAAGAGAUUGGGAAAGCGAAAUAGGCAUGUGUUCAUGGAAACGAAGACCAAAGUGGAUACAUUGUUCGACAUUUUGUUUUAUAUUUAUCAUAACAAUGUAAAUAACACAAGAAAAAAAUGCUUAUUGCAAAAUGUACAGAAUUGUGUGGCUCGGGUGCAAUGCGGAUGGUGGCCCACGGCCUUCCCAGUCUCCGUUUGAUAGUAUGUGUCAAUUUGUACAACUCGUUCCUCAGCUAUCCUUGAUCAAUCAGACAUCCAUUGCCCCGCUUUUUUGGCGCCAUUUAUUCUUGCACUGUGUAUACUACAUGCUCUUGACUUCGGUGGAAGCUGUGUUUAACGGCCGCCCUAUCGAUUUGAGAACGUGAGGCGUCCGCGUAAUGCGGGAUCGCUAAAGAUACUCACUGGGUAUAGAAGACAAACAGAUUUACUCGUUAUUCAUUCAUACUUCUGAACAAUUGCGCAAAAUCGGCGUAAGAUCCUCAAAUUUGAGGAUUUUCUGAAAAAUUGGAAAAUUUGGAAGGACGGUUUGAUCUAAACAAGGUUUAUCUACUCUAGCCUCACAUUCACCCAAAAGCUAGGCAACGAUUAAGUGAAUCACCGUGAUAGGUGGUAUUUCUGACUUCUAUGCUUCAUUGUUAGGAGAGAAAAACAGCUGCUAUCUUCCUGACAGCACCUUCACUACAUUCAACCUUGUGAAAGAAGCCCACCCGCAUCAAGAGUAUUCUUGGGUUCAGAUUCCUGGCUAUGGGCACUUGGACUGCAUUUAUGGCAGAGAUGCAGUGCAUGAUGUUUAUCCGCACAUUUUAAAGGCUUUGGAUGCGCAUGCUCAAGAUGAUUUGCAUCGCGAUAAGGCAGCUCGUCGCCAAGUAUUGCGGGCUCUGAAGUCUCUGGAAAUUAAGUCAGGUAUGAUUGUCAUGACGUUAUGUGUUAAGCCCCAUACCCCCUCGGACGUAACAUUGUUGGCUGCAAAUCCCAAUACACGGGUCAGAGUAAUCUCAUGUAAGAUGAUUUUCAUUUUGCCAGUGUUUACUGUCCUGUUGUAUUACCGAAAGUUUCUCUAUUAAAUUUACCUUGUAAUCUAGUCUGUGAUCUUGUCAUUUCUUUUAGGAAUCAUUGAUUCAACUGAAGCAACUCCUGCUAAAAAAACAGACUUGGAACUUCUGUCUAAAAGCGAAGUAAAGUUUCCGGAUGUUGAUCCCGAGUUAUCAGACAUGACUGACUACGCAUCAGAUGAUUCAGAUGAUGACGAUUCUUCGUCUCUGGAGCAGCAGGAUGAGAAGAACAUCUGGGAUGAGAUUAAUGAGUUGACUCCUUUGGAGUCAAAGCAAACAUGGCUAUCAAAGCCGAAUGUGAAUGUCCCGCUCAAGAAAGAACCAAGGUUUGUCAGUUUUAUUUGUAUGCGUUAGUGUGAGGUCAAGAUGCCUCAAUAUUAUUGGCCAAGUUCUUUUUUCGCGUUUUUUAUAGGUAUACAUAUGAAGUGCAAAAAUAUUCUGAAUGCGCAAUCACCGGAGAUUGCUUUAAAGGCGACAGAAUAUCUAUAAUGGAAGGGAUAUUCCAUAGGUUGUUUUCUUUUUUUGGUGGCUUUCUCACCUUAAUGAGGACCAGUUUCCAUAUAUUAAAUUUCCUACUUGGCUUUGAGGCUUGGGGGAAUAAAAGAAAAAAAACUCAUAUUGAGGACCAGCAGUGAAUAGUACAUUUCUUUUGUUUUAUUCCCUCAAGACUCAGAGCCAAGUAAGUAUGAAAUGGACUCGUGUAAAGAAUGUUUUUUCGACAAGAAAAUUGUGAGACAAGAAAGAAGAAAAAUAAAUCAGUAGGGAACUAUUCUUUCGGAGGCCAAUAUCCAGCUAAGUAACCGAACACUGAGCAUGGUCAGUUAAGGAUUGUUUUCUGUGGCCAAGGAAAAAGUGAAUAAGUGGAUAAGUGCAUCGUUACAGAAUAUUAGACAAUUUAUAAUUAUGUAGAAGGGCGAAUAUCUUUAUAUCUGGUUUAGAAGGUGGUUGCGGGAAAUUAACCAUCUUCUUUUUCCUCAUGUUUUAUCGUUAGGUACGACUCCUCUAUCGACAGUCAUGGAGAAGGGGUCACUGUGCGAGAAAUGGACAAUCCUAACCAUCCAGAAAGGAAUGUGAUCAUUAGCAUGAGCGACCUUCAUUUGGAUAGCAUCUGGAGUAAGAAUGAAAACAACAGAAUCCAGACUUUUCUCAAGGAAUUAGUAGAGCUUGCAAAGGUAAGGUAUAGCACGGAGACGGAAGGGAUGUUUUCUGUAGGCAACAUAUUAUAUGGAUCCGAUAAGGCGACUGAUGCACGGCUAAAUAUUGUUUAAAAUUUGUUGCCCAAUAAAUUGUGCUUGCGGAUGUCGUAGCCUUUUGAAUGAUUAGUUCAGGGUACUAGCUCUCGGCGCAGCGACUUUUGGAAUCCUUUCGGUGGACAAGGAGUCUUAGAUUGGUGAACGGUAUUCAAGGCAACCCUAAACCACUACACCUAACGCUUGUACCUAGUCUCUCCGGAGUUUCUGAAGUAAAUAGACCUGUUUUCAAAAAUACCAUAAUACCCUGUUUUGUCCCUCUAAAAUUUUGCAUAAGCAUUGUUCCCAAUUUCUCUUGGGACGAUUGUAAGUCCCAAGAGAAAUUGAAAACAAUGCUUAUGCAAAAUUUUGGAGGGACAACAAAAAAGUAUUAUGGUAUUUUUGAAAACGGCCUAUACAAUGAUUUUGUUACAAACAGUUAUGGUGAGUCCUGGGACUCAUCUUCUGAAAAACCGUGAGUCCUUGUCCAGAACCAAUGAGUUCCAGUUAAAUAAAAAAAAAAAACAAAACAAAAAAAACAUGGAGUUCUAAAUUGAACAUGCUUGGGCCUUUAUGUAACCAAACAGUUAAUCUAAAGACAGACGCCAAAACUAUUUAUUACAUGACAGUAUACUGAAAUUUAAAUAUAGUCCUUCUAUAUGUUUAGAGCACAAAAAAAUGCAUCUUUCAACAACGGCCACAGAAAUCAAACAACCAAUAUAUUCUACCAAAAAAUUUUCAAAUCGAUGGAUCAUUCGCUUGCCAUGAAUUAUUUUGCGUCCUUGGGGAUUUUUAUGCGUCAGCGACACAGGUCGCACAGAGGUAACAAAAUCACUGGAAAUAGUUACAAAUUUCUCGAAAGAUGUUGAAGUUUUUUUAGUUGCCGGAAUUUGGAACACCAGGACUACCGGAUUUAUCAUGUUGACACUGAUCUACGUCAUCAGUACGGCAUUACUGUCGGCUGAGUCGCAGACUUUCCUCCUCACGAAACGUCCCCAGUGGCGAGGAGCGAGGAGAUACGGCUGUUUUCGCAGGCUACAGACGGAUUUAACAAAAAAUAAAGACUUUAUUGCUGCUUUCAAAAUGUUUCGCCGUUUUUGAUUGGCACCAAACACACGGUUUAAGUAUUGUUCAUAACUAGCCGGCUCUUACCGUAUUUGAAAAUGUAUAAUCGAUAUAUUGCAAUUCCUUUCCAGGUAGCUUGAGAAAACAGCCGAAAUUUUGCGACGCCAGCACUUCAGGUCUCCCCUAGCAAUGACGUCUGAGAAACGAGCUCAAAAAUUGCGUAUAUUGAUCGGUUAGCGUUAGAUAACAUCGAGUGAAGCCAGAUUGGACACCUUAUGAAUUUUACACAACGCACUAUUACCAUAAUGGAAUGAGACUGGAAUGUAGAAUGAGGCUAGAAUAGCUGAGCAAACCAAAGCUACAGCGCCCCAGUUAUGGAGAGAACACAGUAGAGAGUUAAGCACUGAUAUGCAGUGAUUAGGGUUAAGCACUGAACUGAAAACGGUUGGCUUUCAAAUUUUGUAAUGGGGUACGGCAUAUAUAAGAAAAUGUAUAUUUUAAAAAUGAUUGGAUUUGGCAGCUAGUCCUCCAUGGUGUAGUGGAUAUGGAUGUAGGCUAUAAAGCAAGUGACCGGGGUUCAAAGCAUUACAGUGGAUUUUUUCUAUUUUAUUUUAUAUUACACAGUAAAGUUGGACUUGAGUUGUUCUUCAUGUAAUUUUACUGACAGAAACAAUCUGACCUCAGCCGAUGUUACCUAAUGCUAACCAUACUGAUCACGCAUCACCACCCAGAUCUGGGUAGUGCUCCGAUUGGUUGAAGCAAAUUUUUGCCAAUCCUAGAUCUGGGUAGUGACGCGUCAUAAGUAUGGAAUUUACGCGCUCGUUUCUCAGACGUCAUUUCGAGGAGAAAGCAGUGGUGACGUCGGCUGUUUUUUGAGGCUACUUUCCAGACAGCGGUGUGGCAGCCUAGCUAUAUGCAUGAGUGAACUAAAGCAGGAAAUAACCGCAUUACUGACUAAAACUGAAAGGAAGAAAUGCAAGAAUACGCAAAAAAAGAUUGCUUGAUGGAUGUCAUCUACUUUUUGAAGAGUAUCUGCAAGAAAAAGCGCCAUCUCACUUUAUAUCCUGAAACGGUGCCAAGAAACAGGCAAUGUUUUGAAGAAAGUCUGCUAGGUGGUAAGGUUGUUGAGAACUUAACAAAUAUUUUGAAUAAAUGAUACAAGAAUUAUUGAUUGAAUUCAACUUUCGUAUGAUAUGGAGAAUUUGCAGAUCUAAGAGGCUAUCGUGCAUAUAUUCUCUGCGACCUGCAUAAUUUUUCAAAUCAAAAUCAUCGUUUGUUUUCACAGAGAAGUCUUCAUACAUUAAUACUACUUGGAGACAUUCUGGAGAUGUGGUUGGAUAGAGUUGAUGUAAAACCCAAGACAAUCGGGGAACGGAUCAAAGAUUGGCAAUCCAACGAAACCUGCCACCUUCUUUUCCAAAGCGUUCGUAAAAUGACUCAAGAAGAUGGAGUCAAAGUGUUCUACCUACGAGGAAAUCAUGACCACGAGGUGGACGCCAUGACGGUUAAAACACUGAUGGGAGACGGAGUGGAAUUCAUAAAGGGGUCCCUCAUUUAUGUCAUCAAAAGCGACGAUGGACAGACGUACAGAAUCCGCUUUGCGCAUGGUCAUGACUGGGAUAUUUUUAACACGUACUCCCUUUCUCAGCCAGAUGACCCGUUGGGUGGUAGACCGAUCGGGUAUUACGUUUCAAGGGCGGUGGCUACAGCGGAAAAACGCGAGAGUGAAACAGAAAAAGUAUGUUGUACGUUUUAGUUUUUAAGUAGUAUUUUACUGCUACUUAGCGUCUUGUUUGCCAUUACUAGUACCGAUUAGCUCCCUUCUGCAGUAAAAACCUGUAUUAAUGAAUCCGUGAGUCCCCGCUCUAUCUGGCUUUGGACAUUUUUCUGUGGUAGCCUGUGCCAAGCUCUCAGAUUGUAGAGACUAGGGAUAUCGCAAAAAAAAAAAAACAAUCCAAGUGAAAAUCAGACGCUCGCGAUCUGGCGAAGGGGGCGGUUGCCCUCUCUCUCCCCAGCCCCCGCGGGUUUUUGGCACGCGUUUUUGAACAGCAUGGCUGCACUGCUUUUCUAUCCUACUUCUGUGGGUAGGUUUAAACUAGAGAAGAUUUUUCCGGAUCAAGAAUAAUUUGGUACCGUAUUCGUUUUGCCGUUUGCACGCACAUGGGUUAACCCCAAUAAGAAAAAGAAAAAAAAACCGUACCAGUUUGGUCGUGUGACCGGAGAUCUUGGAUCUCGUUCACACCAACAACUUUAGCCUGAAUUUCAUCCGAUUGCUUCGAGUCGUUUUUACUGCCGUUAAUGCCGUCCAGUGACGUCACUACUCCUUGACCUUUGCCUUAAUUCAUGCAAAAAGUAAAACGCGAUUUUCAAUUGGCAAACCGAGAAACAUCGUUUUGGAAAUGUCUGCAUGAUACAGAAUUGCUUAACUUUUUUCGAGCGUAAUUCAUGUUUAACGUUCAAACUAUCAACUGCAUGCAGUACAAUUCUGAACCGGUUGUAUUGAAUUCUAUAAUCAAACUCGGUCCCAAUCACGCAAUGAAAUAAACACACACACCGAAAACUUAGAUCAAAAACACAAUGAUUUGCUUUAAUUGAAAAGAAGCUAUUUGGUCCUUUACGAAGAAAAAAACAAGGAAACAAGAAAGAAAAGCUAACAGAAUCAUUACACUUGACGGUGAAAAUAGCAAGAAGGUCGAAUUAUAACAUUGAUCUCUGAAAACUUCGCGUAAACAAAAUCACCGGCCGCCGAAACCACAACGCGGCUCUAAAUGAAAAACCGCAGUUCAAUUUAGCAUUUCAGUUUCGAAGACAAGGGCAAUUUUGCUGUUUACGAUAAAGGUUGAGCUUAUCGAAAUGUUUGAACUACACGAAAGAAUGCCAGGGAUGCGAUCCGCUGAAUAUCAAACGACAAUCCCACUAAAAUGUUUCAUAAUUAUAAAUAAUUAUGCGAAUGUUCAGACAAUCAACCAAUCAAAAUCACUACCCGGUUUUCGGGUAGUGAGUGACGUCACUGGACGGCAUUAACGGCCGGUCGAUUCAGACGUUACUGAGGGAGUAAUAACGACUCGAAGUAAUCGGAUGAAAUUCAGGCUAUAACAGCUUUUAAACAUGUUCUUAAAAAACAUGUUUAAUCAACAAUUAAUGAAUGAGGCUGAGUAUCUUCUUGUGAAGAAUUAUGGAGAUCGACGAGGGUGUUAUCCGUCGAGGCCGUAGGCCGUGGCGGAUAACACCCUUCAAUAAUUGUUUUAUCAUUCAUUCAAAAUAAUUCCUAGUUUAAAAACAAAGCUAAAACAUGCUUACCUCCAUCGAUGUUAAGUUCACCUUCGAUAGUGCAUGUUUAGGGUUUUUCAGCUCCGCAAAUGUUCUCCAAAUAGCAGAUGUUCCCCUUCGAGUUGUGUUCUUGCUGUUUUUGCUAUGGUUUUAGCUAUAAUUUCGCCUAGUUCCAGCAGUAGUUCUUACUCUUGAAACGAGUGAAAUGUGUCCGCCAUUUUUUGUUUUCACAACCAAAACAACUCAGCCUCGUCUCCAGGUCUUCUCGGUUAACGGUGCAUUAACCUACAAGAACGCUGCACUUUUGACGUCAUUUCCUCGCUAAACACAAAAAUCUUCCAAAUUUGGUCAUCAGUAACUGGUUAUGGUGAAUUAUGCCUGGCUUUUAGCCAAUCAGUAUCGCGGAAAUAUUUUGAAUGAAUAAUAAAUGUUGUUUAGUUAAACACGGUUUAAAAUUGUUUCCUUCAUAAUAGCUGUUUACUGACUUGAGUUGAUUGCCAAUUUAGUGCAAAUUACAAAACAUGUUGAAUUUCAUUUUAGUCCUGUGUAUAAACCUGUUUUCCAGUUUUCCGUGUCUGUUUUUCAUUUUUUACACCUCGUCCCCAAAAUGGAAUAAAUCGGGAAACUCUUGUGAAUCCGGAAAAUCUCCUCUAGUAAUUGAGAAAUCAGUCUGAACAGGCUCUGGAAUAUUAUUUCUCUUCUCUUGUUAAGUAAAGUAUUUUCUAUUUACGUCCCAUCUGAAUUGUAAAUAUCAGGAGGGCUCCUGAUGUUGUUCAUCCACAAUAUUUUUAUGCGUGUUUUUGUUUUAUAGUUUGCUUUUCGCAAUAUAAAAAUUUCAGUAUUUUUAUUUCAUUUUCAAUUGCCAGAUCAUUAUGGACAUCACAGAAGAGUUACUUAGUAGCAUCCGUUGUCACAUCACGCAAUCUUUUGUCAUGGAAAUUUUGGCCUGUUCCUUUGCACAGAAGAAGUUUACAAAGUCGCUCAUUGAAAGAGCUUUGGGCCAACCUAUUUCAGAAGAUGCCUACAUUCAUCUAGAUGACGGAAAGGCUAUUAAGAUGAAGCAUGUGUUUGAAUAUCCUUACUUCAAGCGUGCCGUUACCAAGGUAACAUACUUUUUACCAUAUAUAGCGCACCUUUUUAGCCUACUUUUGAUUCGUCUGCUGUUGGUGUUGAUUUGUUUAUCCCCUUUACGGCAUCUUCCCAGGCCUUCUCGGUCAAUUCACUUUUUGGGGACGUAUCCAGCCCACGUGACCCGAAACGCAUUGGCCGCGCGUAAUAAUGAGGCGUAGAUACUAGGUAAGAUGUUGAUAACGUAAUAGAGAACUUAAGCAGCAGCGUUUUUGAGCGACGAGCGUCAACCGGAACUGGACGUUUGCAUCAUUGGGGAGCGGUUUGGUUGAAACUCUCGGGUAAAUCGUCUUUAUAAGAGAAAAGAAACUCAGCAAUACAAAUUUGUUAGCGUCAAGGCAGAUAAAAAGGGAGAAGGCCUCACUUCCGGCUGACGUGCGUCGCUCAAAAACGUCUUUGCUUAAUCUCCCUGAGAAUUAGCGACCACCAUUUUAUAACGGCCAUUUUGUUUUGUCCUGGCAAACUCUCGGGAAGGUCACCCUUGUAUGACGACAAGGAUAAAGUACCGAAGCCUUUGUAAGUUCUCGAUGAAGACCAAGCACUUUAAAUUGGACUUAAAAAAAUCAGUUAUGACGGAGAGAUUGUGGACAGAAACAGUUUAUAGAUGGUUUUCACAGUGACGUCAUCAAACUGUAAAGUCUAAAUAACGAGGUUUUACGAAUUCUUAUUUACACUAGGCUGAAGAUAAACAAAAAGUAAAUCUUUGUACAAGUUUCCAUUCCCGUAGCAUGUUUCAUUUCGAAAAUACAGCAAUUUGAGCUUCCGAGUUUUCGCAGUGUGUGACACCAAAAUAGGAAUGUUGUCUCGUUGAAAAAAAGUAUCUCCUCUUGAUUUUCAGCAGUAUAACCAUUUCACGUAUUAGAAGAUAUGUUUAAGCGUACGUAUGCUAGUUCUUGAAUGAAAAGAAAGAGCUUUUAUAGAGAAAGUGAACUUCAGAUGUUUUUGUUGAUUUCCGGCGGCCAUAUUUGUGCACCAAAACUGUACAUUAACAUGGGGUCUUCAUACAAAGCUCUACAAAGGUGCGUGAAACGUUUGGGCAAAUAACUCAGAAACUGUGAGCCACAAAGACUUGAGACUUGGACAAAUUGUUUAUAUAUUAGUCUUUUAUAACAUUUCAGUUUCUUGGCUUCUUCGAAUGGUCGGUUACCAAUUUAUCUUUUUUGUUGCGUGACAGUGAAAACGAUCUAUAAAACAAAGAUCUAUUGCGAAAUUUUAAAACGUCUUCAAUAAAUUUCCUCUAGAUCUAUUCAUUUUUCAAGUAAUCUUUUGAUAUGUUUUAUUCCUACGAAAAUCCUCAGCUGCGUUUUAUUUCAGAUUUUAAAUAAGCGUAUUUCUUUGCUUUUCAAUAUGAAUUAUUAAUUAGAGUUUAAAAGUAGUAUGCAGGGGGGGCUGGCAGCGAGGUCUGGAACCGAGUUUACAUGAUCGCCCCAGUUAAGAAAUUUGGCCGAGUGAGACUGAGUACAAAUUUUCCUUCAAAACAAAUAUGGCGAAGAAUGCAGACCUGUGGAAGGACGAUGAGUUUUUGCUCGGUUUUAGGUUUUCCCACGCCCAAACAUCAAGAAAAGGUUUUCAUGAACUUCUUUAAUGGAAUUUUUGGACAUCAGGAGGCGUGAUGUUUGAACAGCUCAUGGGUGACUUCACUUAUCGUGAUUAGGCAUCUUGGCAAGUUCAGUUAUUUAUAAGCUUCGUGAAUUUUCGAGCGACCAGCCUUCUCCAUCUCUUAUGUUUUUCCACUUACAGAGGUAUUAAGACUCUCUUCCUUAUCCUAAACAAAUGCUACGAGCACACUAUAUUAGUAUGAGUUUUGCAAUAGUCAUAUGUGAAUGUUCAUUAAACCAAUUUUCUACUUCGCUGUUCGUAUAAGUUUGUUUGUACCACGGAUAACCGAAAACCGCAACAAAUAUUUAUAGGCGUAAAUACAGAAUACAGGGCCAAUUUAAUAAAAGCCGGGGUAAAUGUUCCAGUCACUUUGCUUCACAUGUACUGGGUCUGUCAGUUUAAUCCAUUUUUCAUAUCAGAAGGCUGGGAGAGGUUUACUAAACCUUCAAACCUUCACUGCAUGGAACAUCAUUGGAGGGAUAAUUAUUAAAUUUCCAACAGCAAUACUGUAUUUAAUAGUUUUAUAUUAGAUAGUGACUUCGGUUUCAAGUAUUUCCUUGAAUUUUUUUGUACAAAAAUGACACUAUAGUUCUGAAUUAUACUUGAAAUGAUGAUAAUGGUUUAGUGCAAGGGCAAGAGGCUAAUUCAGUUGCUAAUAAGAGUGAGUACAUCAGAGAGAGGUGUGCGUUGAGAAAAUCCCUCAAAGGACUGAAGUACAAGAAACAGAAAAAAGGAAAUUGAAUGUUUUGCAAAUUUUAUAAAGAGAAUCAGAAUGAGCUUGGAAAAUGUACAACUUCAAUAAUUGUUUGUGUAAGUUAUGAAUCUGAUUUACAACUAAAUUAAACAAGGUAAAUUAAAAUUUAUUUUUUAUCAACCAUCAAAAGGAGUUAUUGUCCUUGAGCCCAAUCCCCUUAGCAGUUCUUUCUAUGAAACUACUCUUGGCAUCACUCUUGGCAUAUUUGGCCUAGAUGGGUACUAAUGUGCUCCUGAUUAAGAUUGGUGACCAUUUCACCCUUUAGAGUUUUGAACAGAGUGUCUCUUUGGGUUGUGAAGGUUGAUGAAGAGCAGUCUAUAGUUACAUUUUUGGUGCCACCAUUUUUUUCCCUAAGUUUUUUCCAUGUUUCUUAGUUUCAAAGCUAACUUAAUUCUGUAUGCUAAAUGAAACGAAUCAGGAUUAUAAAAUAAGGUCUCUUAGGUUAAAAAGGGUAGGGAAAUGAACAAUGUGUCCUACAACCCAUACUCUCUUACAGUAUAAGCCCAGGUAGGUGAUCUCACAUUUUAAUACCUUUUCACCACUUGUUGUAAUAGCAAAGUCAUUGAAGGUUUAUGGUCUCUGAAAAAUGUUUUUGCCUGCCUCAACACAAGUAUCUGUUGUUGUUAACUAAAAUUAUUAAUAUUAUCUUAAUAAUCAUUUUACAUUUUUUNACACAAAAUAAUUACCCUUUCAUUUGCCUAAGCUUCAUUUGUUAGAAAUUAAAGGUGAAGUUUAAAUUAAAUCACGAAGAUAAGACCUUAAGCAUAUCAACAUGUGCAAAAUCAAGAGAGAAUGAUCUCUUAGCAAAAUUUAUUUAGCUUCUAGUACAUAAAGAAAUACAUGAACUACGAGAUUUGACCAUGUCACUCAAUCAUCCAACGCAACUCUGCCAGGAUAAGUUCACAAUCAAGAAUGAAGAAUUAAGAAUCUCAAUCAUCAAUUCUUGUCGUCUUAAAGGUGUAGUAGAACCGUAAACAACUCUGACAACUCUUCUACUCAACCACAGCCACCGCACUUUUUUAAUAUCACGAAGACUUAAUUUUGGGCCUUUCACUUGAAAAUAUAAACUCUUCUACAUACGUAUUGGAGGGUUGGCCCUUCUGUUAGUCUUGUGAGUCUUCUAAAUACAACCACAGGUCAAAAGCGUGCAUCUAGAGAGGUGAAGCGAGUCUGCAAAAGAUUGGGCAUCGAGGAACAGUGACUGUUCACUGGUCUCGUUCUUAGCGUACUAAACGGCAUGUAAUGAGAAACGCAAGACCAGAAGAAAGGAAAACGUAAGCUCCACAUCACCGCGGAAAAAAUUGGUUAAAGCAAAGAAAGCAAUGACCAGCAGGACCAAAAGCGAAUUCACUUCACGCUGUCGAACCGCUGCGAAGACGAACUUCUUGUUGUUGUUCCCAGCGAGUCUCGCGCAUGCUCGCUACAGUUCUCGAAUGAUUGACAGAUUUCUUAACUGGGGCGAUCAUGGAAAGCCGAAAAGCGGCAAGAUCAAAGGCCGUUGCCAGCCCCCCCUGGUAGUAUGGAAUAUGGGGUUACGAAGACAGUUUCAAAUAUUUGACCUUGGCCUCGGUAUUUUGGCGUGCGACCUUGGGAUUUUUCUGGAAUUUAAGUUUUUACGUUAGCAUUUGACACAUAUUGACAACAUUUGCAGCACUCAUUGGAUUAGCACACUGGCUCUUUUUGUUGGCAUUUGAACGGUUUUUUUGGCUGGAGAGGGGCUAUUUGCAGUGUGGGGUUACGAGGACAGUUCCAAAUAUUUGACUUUGACUCUAGGAAUCCGGUUUGAACCAGUUUUGGGCGGUUUGACCUUGACUUUGGGAAUUAAAUUUUAAUUUUUACGUGCGUUCUUUCAUUAUGACUUUGGAAAAAAUUAUAUAUAGUAAUAUUAUAGUUAUGGAAAUAAAUACGAGAUUUAUUAAGAAAUUUGUGAAAAAGUUUUUAAAUCAAGCUAUAAAUUAGACAAAAAAUAUGAUAAUUUUACUUUGGGAUUGAUUAUAAUACAAGCACUUAAGCAUAUUUUAAUUCCAGAUAAUGGUAUAUUGUUCAAUCCAAAAAAGAAUAAAUAUGAUAGAUUAAUGUUGGAUAUAAUUAAUUUUUAUAUUGAAAACUACCAUUUUCAGCAAUAUUAACGUACAAAUGAAAUUUUUUAUAUAUACUAAUUAUAUAUGGUUAAAAUAACAAUUAACUCAUCAACGACCAAAAAAGCGGAAGAAAUGUCCAAACUAAUUUCAGAGUUAUUGUACAGAGUAAAUCCUAGUAUACUGAGGGAUUUGAUAAAUUAUAAAAAUGAUUUGCUCGCGUUGGAGGAUAUUUUAAAAGAACUUGAUAAGGAGCUAAAAUAAAUUUUCAUCUUCGGAUCUGAAAUUAGAUCUUAAUACAAAGUGCAAAUUAAAACGGUUCCACAAAUGUGGAUUUAUCUGGUUAUUCUAUGAAUGACCUGAUAAUGGGUUUUUCGUGUUUCUUUAUUUAGGAACGCUUUGUCACAGUAUUUACACGGCACACGAAUACCAGCCAUGUAAUUAUGUACUUCUUUACAGAUGUGAUCAUAGUCAUUACUUAGGAUGAAUUGGUAGCAAUUUUCCUUGUACCUUUUUUUCAUCUCUCUUUGAGCAUCUGAAAUUUGGUAAUUAUUGGUCGGAGAUUUAAAUUCAAUACAGGGGCACCCAACGAGAAUAUAGUUCAAAACCACUUAAACAUAGCAUUGUUAAACGUAUUUUAGUAUUUAAACGGUAGAUAUAGGCAUAUUUUUAUCCCCUAAAAUUUUUUCAUCUGUUCGGAUUUCCUAGCUGAAAGUCUCGAGAUCCGAAAAUCAUAGGGAUCAAAACUUACCGUUUCGAAAAUUUCAGCCAGAAAAAAGGCUCCCGAAAAUUCUAGGUGAGCUUUUUAGGGUAAAAAUCCGUUAAAGAUGGGCAAUUACACCAAUUUUUAGGUGUUCGAAAAUCCUAGGAGAGGUAGGCAAGCAAGAAAUUUUACAAAAAAUGUUCCGAAAAUUCUAGAUCUCAAAUCGCCGAUUUGAGAUCUAGAAUUUUCGGAACAUUUUUUGUAAAAUUUCUUGCUUGCCUACCUCUCCGGCUUCCGAACAGAUAUUUUCCGAAAAUUGACGUUGGGUGCCCCUGUCAAUACAUAAGCUGUUAUAAUCUUCGUGGUAUUUAAGCACCAUCAGAUCAGGCUGACCUUUGGUAUAACCCUUCUUCCAACUAUUAAUUCUUUUGGAUGGAGUAUCUUGGCUUUCUCCAAGUCCUGUUACAGUAAGGGCUUUUGGAUAAUAGUUUCUGAUUAGGUGUACAACUUUGCAAUGUAGAUCUGUCUCAUUUUCAAUCUUGAACAUUUUGUUAUUGGGAUUGUCAAAUAGUUUGUACUGCCCAUAUUUUCUGAUGGAUGGAAGCACUUGUGUGAAUACCCAAUUACGGAACUUUUUUGCGGUCUCCAAUUUUGAUCCAAAAACUACGUUCAUGAAAGUCAGGUUCAUUGAUAAAAGCUGUUUUAGACAAACCCGUCUGCGCGACGGGUUGCCCUGAGCACUGUUUUUUACCCUCAAACCAACCGUGUGUUUCACGCUGUUGCCUAGAGAGGUGUUUUAUUUUGUUUUCAUCUGAUAAAUUUUUUCUUAAAGCCUGAUCAGUGUCACUAUAUCCAAGGAUUAGGGCAACAUCCUUACCCUUGAACCAUACAUUUUGUUGAAGUUAGAUCUAUAUCCAAGUCUGCAUUAUGGAACGAUUUCUCCAACAUACACCAUUAUAUAUAAAGUUAUAUACAUUACAUAAUUUCUUUAAAUCCCCCCUAGUUCUUACCUUUCUCCUCCUCCACCACUUCAAAGAUCUCACUUCUAGGACGCCGGUUAAUGACAUUUCUGCUGUUUCCAGCUUUUUGGAAAUUAAUUUUUUGUGGUGUAAUGUGGCAAUCUCUUCUUCCAAUUUAUGGAGUGUAGUGUAUAGUGCGUUGAGUUCAGCUUCCUUAUUAUGGAUUCUGGUAUUUAGCUUUCUUAUAUGAUCGUCCAUUUAUACUAUUACUUAGAUAAAUCUUGUAAACUACUCAGUGGAACCCAGGAAUUGAAGUCGUCACUAUAACCCAACCAUUUCACAAGAGCUUGUUUCUUCUUAUAAAGCCUCCGAAUGACUUUAUCAUUGCGGAAUACAUCCUGUUUUGCCUUCAGUAAUUCUGGUUCAUAAAAGCUCCCCUGUAUCUCCUCGUUGUUGAGAUCCUAUAACCUGUAGGUAAUUGGAUUUGUGGAUUGGAUUUUAUUAAUCAAGAAUAUCUUUUCAGUCCAAUUAGGUGUGUAGCCUUUGUCAAAUAUUUUUCUCUCAUACUUACUUAUCCUGACUUUAUUGCUAACCUUGACUUUGGGCUUGGAUGACAAUUGCUCCAUAUCACCAUAUAGGUUAAAAUAUACGGUACUUUCAUUCUUCUUUAUACUGGCUUCUACAGGUGUCAUUUUAAUUGAACUGUGCUUAGUGUUAUUAUACCCCUCCAGUAUUUUUGGUAGUAUACUGAGAUAUUGGGUAUUGCCUUGGACAGUAAACUGCUUCCACAUCUAGGUUUUAAUUGUUCUAUUCCAUCUUUCACAAACACUAGAUUUUUCCUCAUUUUCGUUUGAGUAUAGUGUUAUGCCAUUCUUUUCCAACAGUUCCUUCAUGUGUUUGUUAUAAUACUCCUUCCCUUUAUCAGUCCACUCCUUUUUUAUCCUUCAACGGAAUAAUCCAGCCAUAUUUGGAGAAUAGAUCUAACACCAUGACAAGAUAUUUGUAACCUUUGUUCCAUUUGCUGAAUUGUUGCAUUUCAACAAGAUCAGAGCACCAAAUUUUGUCGAUACCGUUUGUAAUAAUACGCCGCCGAGUAAAGCUGCGCUUUAUUGGUUUAUGUAAUUCAUCUGCUAAUUGCUGUUGCCAACUUAUUUCCUUACUCGGCGGCUUUUUUAGUGUAAACCAAGUCCGAGUUUCUGCUUUUUAUCAUUAGGAAUCUUGCUGUUUUACCCCAUUUAGGCAUUUCUCCAUAAGGAAUCAUAUCCAGUGAUUUUACCAAGGCUUUGUCACAAUCACCUUUGUUUUUUCCCGUAUCAUAGCAUAUAUCAUGCUUGUACAAUAAAGUGGAUGAAAUAGCUGCCCACUGAACAUACCAUUCUAAUACCUCAACAGUAUUGGGAUCAAAUUUUAACUGCUUAUCAAGGGGGUUAUAUAUACGGCCCCAUAUAGUUGUAAUUGCCAGGUGUCCAUCCUGCUUUUGGUUUUGGUAAUUUACCGAUUAAUUUGUGAAAUGAUAUCCAAAGCACCUCCAUCAAACAUCUUUCCUGUUUGUUUUAUUAUUUUUUUGGUCUAAUCUCUCUUGAUAAUUGGUCAAGAGUUCGAGAACCAACAUUCUGAGUCAUCGGAGUGAGCUUCUUUAGUCCAUAAUUUAUAGACUUCUUCUGUAAUGUUUUGUUUCUCAGAGCCACGGAACCAUAAUAUCUUCCCAUUUCAACAGCUUUUUUCCCCAUCCAUAGAAGAGCAUGUUCUACAAAUAAAUUUGUUGCGGUUCCUACAGCAGAGUCAAAUAAAUCGCCCCCUGCCCGAGAGGACCCAAUUAGUUUCCCUUCACAAAUUUGGUUUUAGUGAUUCCGCAUUCGGCGCAUUUACAUUUCAUCAUUAAUCGGCCAUUCUUUGCUCUAACACUGGUUUCACUAUCUGGCACGCAUUCUGUCUGUUUUUUCUGUUUAACACAUUAAGAUUUCACCUUUUCUAUAUAUUAUAUGUUUUAUAAAAAUGGUCUGGGACCUGACCUGUCGUUUUGACGGGGUAGUUUUCUGAUACAUGUCUGUCUAAUCAGGGGUAACAAAUAUUUUUUAAUCACUCUCAGUCACAUAAGUUGGAUUAUCUUCAGAGCUGAUAUCCGACUCAUAAUCACUCUCACUUAUGGGCUCACGGUUACAGCAUUCCAGGCAUCCAUACUGAUUUACAUAAUGUGGAGAGUCUGUGGAGUAACUCCUGAACAAUAUAAAACAACAGAAUUUUUUCAUAUAUAUAUAUAUAUAUAGAUGACAUUAUUUUGAAAUACUUUUCUAUGAACCGCUCAUUCUUCAUUGUGUCAUGUAUAUCAAAUACCCUUAGAAGAUCAUGAUAACUUGUACCCUUGCUCAUCUCAUUUAGAAAGUACAAACAAAAAUACCCACAUGUUGUUGUCAUUAUAUUUUGCAAUUGCUGGUCCUGGUGUAGGAGUGUGAGAUUCUUACUUCUAGCAUGAUUAACAAUUUUCUGAAAAGAAGGCAUCCCAAAACUGUCAAAAUAAUUGAUAAUACCCUCUUUCACUUAGGUGGCAACCCAACGAGAUCCACUCAUAUGAGAUGGCUCUAGGUUAUAAAUAAAGAGGGAUUGCUGGUGAUUAUGCCGAAUAGAUUUGUCUCUUGCUAAUACACUUUUUAUUGGUAUAUUCAAAUAUCUGCGCCAUUCCAGAAGAUCAUGAUUACUCAUUGGGAUAUUCUUAUGGAAUUUGGGUUUUACAGUAUGGCGCCUAAGAUAGGUAUGUUUUGAACGGUGAAUUGGCUCCUAAUAGCAGGCCUUGACCAGUUCUUUUUUUUAACCACCGCCACGCAUCGUUCCUGUGUUCCAAUAAAAGGGGGAGGUGGUUGGUACAUACCCAAUCGAGGGGCUCCAUGGCCAUCUUGUUUUCCAUUAGUACUUCUCCCAGACCUCGGUGCACUCCCACCAGUUUUUUUCUUUACCAGCUCCACAGCCAGAGGAAUACCAGUUGUUGCAAGGAUGGUUCCAAGGACUCCGCCCAUCUGUGUUCUUGUUGGUUGUAUACGAACACCUCAGCCAGUUUGGAGAGCAUUGAGAAUAAAUCUUUUCUGGUUAUUGGUUAGAAGGUUUUUUGUACGCAAUCAACUGAUUGAUUUUAUUCCCGGGUAUGAAAAAGCCUCCUACUUGGCCUCCGGUCAUCCUUUUUAAUGCUGAUGCUAAAGCCAUUUCUUUGUCAAUAACAUCCCUCAGUAUAUUACCCCCAGAUAUCUUUUUCACCAAUUGACUAGCGCCCUUUGAUGCCAAUCCACCAAGAGCGGCCAAUCCAAGUGUUUUACCAAUUGUUGGUGCUAAUGCCCUCACUCAGCCUAUUGAUAAGAUGUUGGUUAAUAGGCUACCUCCGACUUGUUUUCUGAUAUUAGUCUUGGCUAGUUUAAUAUCCAUGCCUUUAUUAAGUCUCCGGUUCUUGUUCAAUGUCUUCACAACAUUUGACGGAACAUAUAGUGUAUCACUACUGGAAAGUGCGUUGCUUGCUAGUCUAAGAACAAUCGUCUCUCUCUGAUGAAAAGCCCGAGAAAGAUUCCUUUGUUGUUUUUCUGAUAGUUUUACUUUUAUCUCAUAGAGUUGCGUCAUACCUUUAAUAUGAUAUAUAGUAGAUACUAUUGUAUUACACAAUUACAAGUUCAUUACCAAUCUUAUCAAUCUUCAGGAUCUCUUCAUAACAACAUCAUGAACAGCGAAAUUUUGAUUUGCAUUGGCUGAUAAUCUGUAUCUAAAUAUUAAUUGCUUGGGAUCUCUUGUUACUUUUCCUGUCUGAUAAGUCAGAUCAAAAUAAAUCAAUGGGAACAGACUUUUAUAAUUAGCAAGAUUCAAUUGUGUGCCAGUGUUGUCAUCAUUCUUUCUCACAGCACAUGCCAUCAGAUCAUUAAAAAUCCGCACUUUACUCUCAUUGUCAUACUCAGUUUCUGGAUAAAAGACAAAUUUAUUCCAGACUUGUUGCGCGUGAUUAUACUGCUCAUCAGAGAUUCCCUCAUUUGUUAACAUACUAAAAAACUCAUCUUUAGUUGGUAAUGGUGGGUGAUUAAACUUAGAAAAACUGUCCAUAAAAUCAUAUGGAUAUACAUCUUUCUUCUGCAUCAAUGUUAAUUCCUCAUUAUGAAACACUUGGCUAGUAUAUUUAAAUUUGUCCUUAGGUAAGUUAGCUGCCAGUCUGUCCAAACUACUAGCCAUUAAUUGGAAACUGUCAAAAAACACCAGAUGUUUACCCAGCAUAAAAGCCAUAUACCGUUCCAUAUAGUUUGGGUUGCAAUUUAUAUCCAACUACAAAGUUGAUUUUUGUUUCGUUUAACUAAGGUGCCGAGAUCUCUCUGCAAAGCGAGCCAGCCCGGCUCAUGUAAUCAGGCCCUUGGUUCUAUAGCAAGAUUUUACGCCCUCCCCCUUUUUUAGCUUGACCUCACCGAGUUUUCAAAGCUUCUCACUGCAACACCUAAAAUCACUUUUACCUUCCAAAUUUUUUUUUGUUACUUCAUAAUAUAUAGAUUUAGCCAGGGCUAAAAGCGAGGCUCCCAUUAAUAAAUUUAUAAUUUAAAUCAAACAAUAAACUUGUAUUCCACAAUUCAGUUAACUUUAGAGCACAUUCAUGUGACUUUUGAGGGAAAGGCUAAGUGAGUUUACAGAAAAAUAAUUUGCAAACAACCCAAGAGUGAACCAAAUCUUACAUCGAGUUGAUAGCCUCAUAUGUACACCAAUGCGUUCGACAAGUUUACUUUACAAAAUCUUGCCAACAAAUCUGGGUGCGUGUAAACCAACUUUAUACCAUUUAUAAAUUACAUCUGAGGUGAAACAGUACUAUGAGGCACAGUUUUUAUCAUACAGACCUCGGACAGAAAGCAGUAUUUCACAAUUUUGCAAUACAAAUUGCACUCAUUCAAUAUUCAGGACGAUCGAAGCACGCAUGGGCUUUUAGCUAACUCGUUAAAAAAAUUUUCCAAAAUCACCUAUACGGCCAGCCGGUUCUCACUUUUGCAGUGCGAGCUGUGGCGAGUGUUUGAAUGAACAUUAAUAGAGUUAAGCUCCAACAUAAAUAAAGAAUUUAUUAUGUUUAUUAUUUAUUUAAUGGUUUGACGCGCGGCAUUUUGAGUACUCCUGCAUGCAAUGUUCACUGAACGACUGAAAACAAACGGCACAGCGAUUAAAAUUACAAAAGAGACUACUAACAAUCAAUAAAAGAAAUAUAAUUCGGUGAAACAUACACAGAGACAACAACUUUCAAGACAAGUAUUAAAGUGUCUUUAAAAAUCCUGAGUCUUCAAGCUUAAAGCUUAAGUUUAAGUUUUAAGCCGGCUUCCCGGUGUUUGCUGUUUUUCAAAGAUGAACUCGAGGCAAGAGAAUCACUCAAAGCUUUCUUUUACCGCCAGAAUUAUAACCAAAUAUUCUUUGGAACGUUAUCUUUCUGUUUGCGGUGAGAAAAUGUCUAAAGGCUUUUUAAAGUUCUGUAAGCUUAUGUCAAACCUGCUACUCGGUCAGAUCAUUGCCUCAAAUCUUACAAACGUGCAUAAACUAAAUACCCCCAUAAACUACGCUCGACUUCAUUAAAUUAGAUAUAAAAAACAAACAUCAAAUACAAUAAUUACUCGCCUCAGACCUUGCAAUCCUCUUACGCAUCAAGCAAGGUGCAAAACGAAAACGAUGCCAUCCGAAAUCGGAUUUCCGACUUUGACAAGUGACGUAUUUCUCAACCAAAAACCCAAUAAACAAACUUGCCAUGAGUAACAGAAGACUCCUGAUAGCAGCUGAAUUUCAUUUUGUACAUCCAGUAGAAAAAGACAGUUAAAAAAUAUCACAAGUUGACGCAAGACUUUGUCAGCUUCAGCUGUCGAAGUAAACAAGAUUCAAGAUGCUGCAUAAAUUUUCCGCACGAACUCACCUGCCAAAUUUUGACCAAUCAGAGCAUAAAAAUUGGACGUAGAACGUGACCAACGCGUGACCAUGGUGAGCAAAGUCAAAAGCAACUGUCUUCCCUGCCUGAAUUUUCGCGUCCGAGGUCAUUUUUAAAUCAAAAUUUUAAUUGUGCGGCACAAAAACACAACUUAUUUCAUAUGAAUUAAAAAAAUGAAACUUGAGCCCUCGAUCAUUUAGAAACUAGUAAAUUGUCAGCGGAUAACUUCAAAAAAUACUUGACCUCGAUGGGGCAACACCUGAUCCCGCAAUACGGUCAAGUGAUACUGGUCAGCGGAUACCCUGUUUUGACAGCUGUCAAUGGAUCACAACUUUGAUGUCCAAUGGAUCUGUGCAUUAUCAGCUUUCCUGUGCUCUCAAACUAGCUAGAAAGUUGAACAUUGAUCGCGAACUAGUAAAACAAUUAAGUGGUCAGCGGACAGCUUCCAAAUAAAUCACGUCACCUCGAUGAGUUGAGACAUGAGCCCGCGAUAUGGUCAUGUGAUACUGGUCAGUGGCUAUCCUGUUUUGACAGCUGUCAAUUGACCAUUUUGUGAAUGUCCAAUAUACAAAAUGUGGACUUGCCAAGACACACCUGAGACACCCCUUCCUCCCUUUUGAUAGUCUCCCCUAACCCACCCAUACAAUCUGUAGACGCGUACGCGUCGGUCAAUCACGUGACAACCAAAUGAAAAGAGGUUCACCAUAUUCUAUGGGUAUGGGGCUCUGUCCCACGCGCACUUCUCGCGCGUACAUGGGAGCCCCGCUAUUAAAUUCUACGAGAAACCAGUUUCACUGAUUAACAAACUACAACCAUUAUCUUACCAAUCCACGUCCAAUAUAACUCCACGCCUUCCACUUCAAAUCCUUAAAAUGUACAACGCUACUGCACUACUCACACAUCCCUAAUACACAAAAAGUUCACACACGCCUAGUAUGUCGGUGCUCAAAUAUACGCUCCCAAGGCGUCUUGUUUGUUUUAUUUUUUUGUUUAUUUUGUCAUUUAACAGUUUGGUUCCAGUAAGGCCUUUAGCUUGCUCAAAGGCUCCUUGGGCAGAUUUAAUGAUUUCCUGUCGCGUUGUGAAGAGGAUGUUAUCGUCCUUGCCCACACUCAUACCCGGAAGGAGGAUGAAAUUGACAGCACCAAGAACGGAGGCGCCAUGUACAUCAACACAGGAACCUGGAUAGAUUUUACGCACGAUGUGAGUACACUCACUCCCUCCCUGUGUUUACUUGGCAGGAAAAAGAACUUUUCAUUAGGCUUGAUUUGUGCCGCUGCCCCGAGUCCUUCCCGAGAGAGGGUGACGAGUGCAGGCUUAUUUCCCAAACAGCGGUUGGUAAUCUGGCUUAACUUUUCAUCACUGAAAUUGAUCAAAUCUAAUACCCAGGGAAUGUGAGCUCCCAGGCGACUGUCCACCAGCCACGGAGCUUCGCGGCCUACAUAUGCACAUAGCAGUCAAAGGCAGAAAAGCGUGGCCAUUUCAGCAUUUUGAUUUUGAAUUUUGAGUUAUCUUAACCAGCAUUUUGGAUAAGGUCAAUUGUUGGAGUGUUGUUUACGCUAAAACAUUUCCAGGGGCGUAACCAGAAUUUUUCCAGAGGUACACACAAUUUUCCAAAUUUCUCUAGCCCCCUCUCACUUUACAAUAACGUAAUCAUGCUUUACACAUCUACCUUGCUGCUAUUUACACGCUUUUACGCGCGUUUCUUCACCGACAUUCGGGUGUUAAAAGAAAAAGUUCGUUGUUUUGAAAAAAUAUAUUUCAGAAAAACAAAUAGAGUUAGAUAAAUUGACUAAUGUUGUGCUUUUUAAAUUUAUUUACUUUUUUCAGAUAAUUGGCAUUUUUAUUUCAUUUUAUUAUUAUUUUUUAGUGUCGACUUUUUCAGGUACGCAGGUGCGUACCGUGCGUACAGGUAGCUACGCCUCUGAUUUCUCUGAGCUACAGUUACAGUUCUGUUAAACCGAUAUUUACGGUGCGUUAUAACAUGCUUUUAAAUUCUCUUGCAGUUUUCCUUUGCCCACAUUGUUCCCCCGACGAAGGCUAAACCGGGCUUGGUUGAAAUCAGGCGACAUCAUUUAAAUCCAACUGGAGGGGUUGAUUGA